GGAGGGAGGGAGCCAGGGAGGAGCGGCGGCGGCGGCGGCGGGGCAUCGCCGACACCCGCCCGCUGGGAAGGAGCCCCCCGAGGCGGCCUCGGCCCCCCGACGCGGGCCGCCCCUCGGCCCCGCGCCCGCCCGGAAUGAUGAAGAAGAACAAUUCCGCCAAGAGGGGGCCGCAGGAUGGAAACCAUCCGUCUGCAGCGCCGGAGAAGGUCGGCUGGGUCCGGAAAUUCUGCGGGAAAGGGAUUUUCAGGGAGAUUUGGAAGAACCGCUACGUGGUGUUGAAGGGGGACCAGCUCUACAUCUCUGAGAAGGAGGUAAAAGAUGAGAAAAACAUUCAAGAGGUGUUUGACCUGAGUGACUAUGAGAAGUGUGAAGAGCUCCGGAAAUCCAAGAGCAGGAGCAAGAAAAACCAUAGCAAGUUUACUCUGGCCCACUCCAAACAGCCUGGUAACACGGCACCCAACCUGAUCUUCCUGGCAGUGAGUCCGGAAGAGAAGGAGUCGUGGAUCCAUGCCCUCAACUCCGCCAUCACCCGGGCUAAGAACCGCAUCCUGGAUGAGGUCACCGUGGAGGAGGACAGCUAUCUCGCCCACCCCACCCGAGACAGGGCAAAAAUCCAACACUCUCGCCGCCCCCCGACACGGGGGCACCUAAUGGCUGUGGCCUCGACCUCUACCUCGGAUGGCAUGCUGACCUUGGACCUGAUCCAGGAGGAAGACCCUUCCCCCGAGGAGUCAACCUCUUGUGCCGAGAGCUUUCGGGUUGACCUGGACAAGUCUGUGGCACAGCUGGCCAGCAGUCGGAGGAGAGCAGACUCGGACCGGGCAGGCAGCCUCCCCCGACCUUGGGAGAAGCGAGACAAGGGGGCCACCUACACCCCCCAGGCACCCAAGAAGUUGACCCCCACAGAGAAGGGCCGCUGUGCCUCCCUGGAGGAGAUCUUGUCUCAGCGGGACGCUGCCCCAGCCCGUGCCCUCCCGCUGCGGGCUUCGGGACCCUCCGCCUCCGUCCCACCCCUCCCGGGGCAGCUGUCCCGGAUUCAGGACCUGGUAGCAAGGAAACUGGAGAAGACUCAGGAGCUGUUGGCAGAGGUUCAGGGACUGGGAGAUGGGAAGCGAAAGGCCAAGGACCCCCCUCGGUCUCCGCCUGAUUCUGAGUCAGAGCAGCUGCUGCUGGAGACGGAGCGGCUGCUGGGAGAGGCCUCAUCGAACUGGAGCCAGGCCAAGAGGGUGCUGCAGGAAGUCAGGGAGCUGAGGGACCUGUACAGACAGAUGGACCUGCAGCCCCCCGACGCCCACCUCAGACAGACUGCCCAGCACAGCCAGUACCGCAAGAGCCUGAUGUGAAGACGGGAGAUGGAUCUAGAACUCUGGCAGGCGGACAGACUCUUAUCGCCACGUGUUUCAGGAUAAAGCUUUUUUAUUUACCUCAAUCAAAAAAAGAGAAAAACACAAUCAAA